AGCACCGAUUGGGUGGCUCGGCACGGAAGGGCAGGACAGUGACCCAAGGACCUCACGUGUCCCUACAGGGCAAAAAGGAGACCCAGUCCGGAGUCCGUGGGAAUCCAGAGGAGAAAAGUCAUAGGUGGAAAGCGACCGGAUUCGAACCUGGGACAUUCAGGGCAAUGGCAGCAGCCAGGGCUGGCCUGGGCAGGAUCCUCCCAGAGUCCUCCAUCCUGUUCCUCUGCGACAUGCAGGAGAAACUUCGAGACAGAAUCCUCUACUUCCCACAGAUCGUGUCAGUGGCCGCUCGGAUGCUUAAGGUGGCUCAGAUGUUGGAUGUCCCUGUCUUGUUGACGGAGCAGUACCCACAAGGCCUGGGUCCCACAGUUCCUGAGCUGGGCGCUCAGGGCAUACAGGCCGUGAGCAAAACGUGCUUCAGCAUGGUGCCCCCACUGCAGCAGGAGCUGGACAGACGACCUCACCUGCAGUCGGUGCUUCUCUGUGGCAUUGAGACCCAAGCCUGCAUCUUGAACACGGCCCUGGACCUCCUGGACCGAGGGCUACAGGUCCAUGUGGCGGUGGAUGCCUGUUCUUCUCAAAGCGAGAUGAACCGGCUGGUGAGCCUGGAUCGGAUGCGACAGAGCGGUGUCUUCCUGUCCACCAGCGAAGCGCUGAUUCUGCAGUUGGUAAAGGACUCUACCCACCCACGGUUCAAGGAGAUUCAGAAGAUCAUUAAGGAGCCAGUCCCAGACAUCGGACUUCUAAGCUUCUUCCAAGGCAAGAACAACCCCCUGUUGCUAAACUCCAGGCCCUGACUUGAAGGAAGGACCCACCCUCCUUCUCACCCAGACGUUGAUGGAUGUCUUUUCCUUCAUCCAUGGAUCCCAAGAGUGGUGCAGUCCGCCAGGAGAACUGCCCCCGUGGGGGAGGAGGCGUGGUUUUGCCUUCUUAUUGGACAGUUGGUCCCGGAAAUGCAAAUGAGACUCCUGUUGCUGGGUGGGAAUUGGCU